ACAGGGUCGCUGCCGACGACGACGACGACGGCGGCAACGGCAGCGGCAGCAAGCUGUGUUCGUUCUGGUGCUGUUGGUGUGUUAUGUGUCUGGUCCACCUGGUGGCUGCUGCCGCCAGGCUCGGUCCACGGCCAGUGCCUGUUUGCUUGCCUGCUGUUGCUGCCUGAUGACUACAACGACUGACUGCGAUCAGCAGCACACUACUACUACUGUUACUGUUUGUACUAUUUCCGCUGUGUUACAAUUAGUAGAACGAUAGGCAUAGUGGUUCCGUUGCUGUCGGGUGGUCCUUGGGCCAACAUUAACACGGCCAGUAAGUGCUGUAUCGUAUCACCUAUCUGUAUUGUUGUAUCUAUGUGUGCGUGGGAGUGUAUGCCGGAUUUUCUUUUCAGCUGCUUGCAAGGCCCAACCGAUCGCCCGCUUGACCGCCCACCUGCCCGCCCAUCAGCCCAUCCUUCCACGCCCGAGCACACAGUGGUACCGCCGCUGCUGCUACAAUAUCGUAGUGCGAAGCACCUUGCCCCCUGAGGGCUGGAUUCCGGUUGAAGGGUGCCACCUAUUAUAUGCCCAGCAGCAGAAACAACGGCAGCGAUAGCAAAAUUAGCACUGACACUCGAACGCGUUCGUGCUGUGCCGUGCUGACAGCUGUUGAACAGUCUAAAACAGCUUCAAAUAAUAGUGGCAAUUUAAUUUCGUCACCGAUAUUUCAUUACUUAAUCAAUUGUCUAUUGAAGCACCGAUAUUUCAUCACCACGUCAAUGUACAUAUGAUAUUGUGAAAGAACGGUGUACUGCUGUUGCUGCUGCGGUUACUGCUGCUGCAACUGUUUUUGAUCGCUGUGCUGUGCAUGCGAGUUUUUAUGGCGUUAAUGGCGAUGGUACUUCUCCAAUGUCUGCACAGGCCUGAUAAUUCGCCUCUGACCAAUGGGAUCGACAAGUCUAUAUAGAACAGUUUGGUACACGACAAACAUCUACCCAGCUAAAGGAGUACCGUCAAAAACAUCAGCAGCAAAUCAGCGAACAAUAAUAAUCAUCAGCCGUAAAAGCGGGACAUACCGAAGAUAACGAGAGAAAUUACAAACUACGGCAUCCAGUUCCAAUUUUGCCACCAGCUGCAACGUUCAACACCGAGAAAACAGCUAGCGACAGAUCACGAAUGGGUUUACUGUUGUCGUUAUUGACAAAUCGACCCAGAACCAGCGCCAAGCGCAAGUAAAUAUUACUGUUAAUGAUGUCUAUCGUGAGUACAGGCAGAUGAUUUUUGACAUCGCGAGUUGUUCACGUGUUUAGUAUUUAGGCUGUUACCUUUGAAAUUCUUCGGUAACCAGCGCUUGGGUACUUGUGAAUGAGCAACAGCAUACGUACGGAUAUCUCAUGUUAUAGAAGAAAUACCAGAAAUUAUACUGGCUUUCACCAACUUGUAGAUUUACAACUCAUUAAGUGGUAGUUGUUCGAAGAGGAGCAUUAAUUCGGUGAAAAUCUGGCAUUGGUAUCGAUCCAUACUUUUAAUGUUCUAAAAGAUCACAACAGAAACUACGACUCCAACUACUUCUGCAGCGAAUGAAAAUCGGAAAAUAAUAAUUGUCGACAACGCAUCCAUGCGAACAUUUUUGGUCUUAGAAUAAUGACGUUAUUAAAAAUAACUACAGCGUACACGUUAACAGUACAGUCAAUGAACUGAACAUUUACGGUGAGUCCGCGAUAAGCAUGUGUCUGCCUAUGUUUCUGAUAUAUUUUGAAAAUGAAUAAGCUGUAACAAGUGAUACCUAUACGGCCAAUAGUGUUGUCCAGGAAAGAUGACGACGGCGGCACAGCCUCAGUGGCAAUAGGGACCUAAACUUAGUCUUCGAGGAACCUUUGGGCUCUACAACCACAGUACCAAUACUUCAUCCGUCAGGACAAACAGCGAUCGGUGUCAGAAGCAGCGGCCCACGUAACUGUUAGAAACGUUCGACCGACACAACGCUGCUUCUGUGCUUCAACGGCUGCUGUUGUGACGUUCAGGCUAAUGGAGGAGAAGGUAAAGGGAUCAGCGAGUGAAUCGGUGUUUUGACUGCUGCUGAGCUGACUGCUCAGACGUUUCCCUUCGCUUUUGCCCCGUUAGCCACGUUGUACCUUCCGACAUUGCUACCGUUGGCCUUCCGCAUUUCGUCUACUUCGUCUUCAUCAGUCGUCCAAAAACCUUAAACGAACACGCACACCUAGUAGCCGUCGAGCAGAAGCAACGAACCCGUCGAUGAUUCGACUGCAGCCACCAUUCCAGCCACUGCUUCUACUACCUAUUUUAUACCACUGUAGCUAUAUCACUGAUCGUUGUUUUUGUGCUGUUACUGUUGCCGCCGUUUCUGCCGGUGCUGUUUCGACUGCACUCCGCCCAAUCUAUGGCAUUCACCGCCCUGUGUUAGCUGUAAUAGUGAUGAUGGGCAUUUGUUCGCCUUGUCGUCGUCUGUCUGUGAAGUAAAGAGAAGGAGGGGGCAUUAAACGGGGCGGCGGGUUGAAAUGGCCCCCAUUGUCGAUAAUGUCGAUAGCAUUCUAUUAGCGGCGAUUCCACAGCUGACGGGAAAAGUUUAAAAAGCGCGGCGACGAGAUCGCGAAAAGGCGCGCGUGAAACGCCGUAAUUACGACAAAAGCGCACGCUUGUGUGGUCAACUCAGAUAGUAGGACAAGACGUUAUUACCGUUUCUGUGAUACCGCAAUCACAAAAGCUACAGCACCUAAGCCCUCUGCCAGCCGAAGCGGAUGGAGUUAAGUGAACGAAAAAGAAGGACAUAAGUAGAGAAAAUUAGGGGCUCUACUGCAAAGGAAGUCAGUUGGCAGAACAUGGAACUAGCAAGCGUUCAUCGAAGGGGUCAUCAUCGAGGAGCAUCGCUUGACCUUCGCUCCAUGUUUGGUCUCGGUUCCGGGCUGCACGUUCAACAUUUUAACUCUGAAGUCAGUGUUCCGACACCUGAUCAAACUUCGUCCGUCAAAAAACCCACUCAGCAGUAUCCAGUUGCUAGUCAUGACACGCAUGACGUCUACCCCGUAGCAUGUUACCCACUGCGGAUUCCCGGUGGUGCUGCCAGGAUUACCAAGAGUGGUACAUGCGAUUCUUGUGGAUCUUCCUGUAUGACAUCAUCUUGUAGUUGCGGUACAACGAGCAAUGGCUGUGGGGGGGCACACUGCGGUCAACGAGAAGCAGUUGCUCUAUCAACACCUGCCCCCAUUUCAAAUGCGAGACAGCAACAUCAGCACGUGCGCAACCUCAGCCUUGAUUCAGCUCUUCAACAGCAGCGUCAGUUGCAACAUCAGCACCAUUUGCCAUUACAUGCGGCUCAUCUAAACGAGCAUCCGCUUCUGGUGCAAGAAACGGAUGGAAGCUCACUAGCCAGUGACGAUUCGGGUAUCUGUGCAGCUGCCGAGAUGCCAGAUUCCGAACAUUCUAGGAUGCCGCCUAUCAGCAAUGGAUUGUUGGGUCCCGUACCGCUUCUUAAGACGACGAAUGGAGAAGGCAGAAUUUUGAAUCAGCAUGAGGGUCCGUCCUGCAGGCAGGCGCGAUCUGACAGCUGUUCCGAAAACUCUUCUCGUUUUGAUGCAUCGACAACAAGCGGUGAUGAGAGUCCAAAUCUACCUGGAUGUCGUACAUCGAUCGAAGAAAACCCACGGGAUCCUGAGCCAGAACUAGCGCAACGACUUGCAGCAGUAAUUGACCUCGCGGAGAGCGCUGCGCUCUCCGCAUCCUCGGUGCCUUCAGUCGAUCACAAUCAGCGGGUAGCACAAUGGACGUCAAGACAAACGCCCGAAGAGCGGCCCGGUUCGGAGACGGAGCUGGAGUCAUGCUGUUGGAAUAACCAAGAUGCUUACAGUAGGAAGACGUGCGGCCCUCACAGUGACUACUCCACUGAUUCAAAACCCGAGAAACAAGCGUCAGGAAGCAGGCAACUCCAAUCAAAGGAAAAAGCAUCAGAGAGAUGCCGCAACGGUAAAGAUAUUUUGGCUGCAGGAGGUUCCCAGGCAGCUGAUCUGGUGUUGAAAGCGCCCCCGCUGCCUUCUAACCAGUCGGGGCUGUUACGAUUGUUUGAAUCGCGAUUAUUCACGAUGCGUUACGCUGUGCAGUAUCUUUCGCAAAGUCGAGAAGCUGGCGUCCUAGCUUAUAUCGGUAAUCGGAUGUUUGCGUUCGAUGACGCCGAUGUAGCAUUCUAUUUACCACAACUUGUAUGCCUGUACGUUCACCAUGCGGACGUUGCUGAAGCUAUCAAACCGUACCUAGUAUUAAGAUGUCGAAGAGAUGCGGACUUUUCGUUGCAACUUUCCUGGCUGUUGUCUGCUUUCUGCGCUGACUGCAACGCUCCAUCGCGAAAAAUUUCACAGGGACUACGGUUGAAAAAUAUAAUCCAGACGGAGGAGCUUGGUCUAGGCGCAGCAAGAUCUCUUGCACUACAUCCUGUCAAUCACCUUGAGGUCGCAGUAAACCAGACUUCAGAUUCUCAGAGAAGUGAAGGCCAAGCUAAGUUCAAGGUUGCCCCACAACAUCAUCAUCAACACCACAGAAGAAACACCGGUCACUAUCGUUCUCUCUCGGAUGCUACUGGCUUGCAACAGCCAAAGUUAACAAAUCCUCUACAACACCUCGGAAAUCUUUCUUCAGGACACGCUUUCGAUUCGGGCUGCCGGUGUCACAGGCUAUGCGAAUGCGGGGCUCCGAGGUUAGCAGCCCAAAACGAAUUCAUCAAAGCGCUAAUUAAGCUUGGGAGCAUGCUUGCAUCAAUACCCACAAAGGAUCUGAAGACGCAACGAUUACAAGCCGAGUUAAAUCGGCUAAAUAUGAAUCUUCCGGCAAGGGUGUGGCUGCCUGUUCACAGUACUCCGCACCUGGUUGUGAGGAUUCCCCCUCAAGCAGCGGUUGUCCUUAACUCAAAAGAUCGGGCGCCAUAUCUCAUCUACGUCGAGGUUGUGACAGUUGACGACAUUGCUACAAGUCCGGUUCCUUCGAAAACAAUCCAUAAUUAUUCAAUCCGAACCUCGCGCAGCGAAGAAAAUCUUGAACGGGAUCCCGACAACAGCAACGGAUCUUCGUCGAAUCCACCGUCGGGCUCUCUGUCGUCUUCAUCGUCAUGCCAACAGCUGCAUAUACCAGGCAGCAAUAGUGGCAGCGGUGGUGGGUCACCUGGACUGGGAGGUCCUUCGAAUGGAGGAGGAACACCUGCCAAUGGCGUUACAGACGGAGGUGCAAACUCUGGAGCGUCAGGUGACGCCCUCGAUGGGCAUUGUACGUUUUCGUUUGCCGGCGACGAGUGGUCCGUUGAAGAUGAUGAAAUUUCAGCCCAGUUUGGCACUUCAAGCUCAAUGAACCACUACUACAACCAUCAUGAUCGGGACACACUCUCAGUAGAUUCUGGCGUAGGUUUGUUGACAGUCGGGGCAGGCGACAUCCGACGUAGGCUGAGCGAGCAGCAGGGGGGUAAGGGAACGAUGGGAGGCCGUCGUCAGAUCCUCCAAAGAGACCCUGAAGACCCCUCCGCUGCGGCACUCAAGGAGCCUCUCGAUGAUAAGAUUGAACGUAUUCGUGAUGGAUCUCCGUAUGGCGGACUCAACUCAUGGAAGUUAAUUUCGGCUAUCGUGAAAUGCGGAGAUGAUCUACGUCAAGAACUAAUGGCCUCCCAGCUGUUGAGCCUUCUGCAGACAAUCUGGGACGAGGAAAAGCUUCCUUUGUGGAUUCGACCGUACCGUAUAUUGGUGACUGGCCAUGAUUCGGGAAUGCUUGAGCCAAUCCUCGACACUAUGUCCCUGCACCAGUUAAAAAAAUUACAUAACAAUUGUUCACUGGUUGCGUACUUUGAGCGGGAGUUUGGCCCACGUACAUCUGAGCCAUUUCUUACUGCCCAAAAGAACUUUGUAGAGAGCUGUGCAGCCUACUCCAUCUUGUCAUACCUCAUUCAAAUUAAAGAUCGUCACAACGGAAAUAUUUUACUGGAUGGAGAGGGCCACGUAAUCCACAUCGAUUUCGGGUUCAUCCUAUCGGCAUCUCCUAAGAAUCUUGGCUUUGAGUCAUCACCAUUCAAACUUACCCAAGAAUUCGUACAAGUCAUGGGUGGUACUAGAGGCGACAUGUUUGAAUACUUUAAAAUGCUGAUGUUAAAAGGCCUCCUUGCUACGAAAAAGCAUCAGGAACGGCUGGUAUCUGUUGUCGAGACGCUGCAAGCUGAUGCUCAACUGCCAUGUUUCCAAGGUGGAAAAGGCGCUUCCGCAUUACGAGCCUUUAAGGACAGAUUCUUAACUCAUUUGACAGAGGAGGAGAUAACAGCUAAAGUUGAGACGAUGGUGGAAUCUUCUCUUCAUUCGCUGACAACGCGACUGUACGACGGAUUUCAAUAUUUCACAAAUGGCAUUCAUUAGCCACCAUUAGGAAGCCACCUCAGUAACGGGGUAGUCUGGCUGCAAAUGUAAUAACGAAUCGCUUUGUUUACGGCGGAGUCAUUUAGGAGCUCCAAAGGUAACCAAGAAAAAUCUAAAGCACAACAGGAAAUGCAUAUUGCGCUCGGGGCACAACCGAGAAGACGUUGCGUACUAUGAGGUUGCGUUUAAGCCCGAGCUUGAUAUACCUCGCCGCCCCCCGCUCCCGCCCCCCAGAAAUUAUUAUCAGAAACGAAAUUAAUACCAUUUUUCAGUUGGGGUAGCUAUUGACUCAUAGCCCAAUUUACUCGAGCCACAGUUCCGGUUAACUGAAUUUAUGUUCAUAAUUUGGUCAACGAGGUCGACGUUGUACACCUUUUAAGAGAAGUAGGAAAUCUUGGAAUAAAGUUAGAAGAUUUAUGACAAUUUACGAUCACAAUGUACUGACUGCCAUUAAAUGAAAAAUCCACAAUUGCUUCAAUGAACAAAAACACAUGAACCUUAAACAGUGUCCAAUGUGUACUUUGCUACGGGUUGCAUCAUUACUAUACUACAGUAAACGGAAGCUCACGUGCAAAUGACUCCAAAAUAGAAGCGACUUCUUAUAUGACCUGUACAGUGUUGUAUGAAUAUAGAACUAUUAUACUUUUCCUAUCCCAAUGAAAGCUAUAAUUAACUGGACAUUCACGCAUACAAACAAUGCGGAUGACAGUGCUCAAUGUGAAAAAAAAAAAAGGUUACGAUAAAUAGCAGUUAAAGAGACGAACGAGUCACAACUCAACAUAAGGGCAAUAAAAAAAAAAGUUUGCUCUUGAGGAAAAUUCUAUUUUCUCUCCAGAAAAUUCUAUUUUCUCUAACUUCCCUAUUAUUCGAAGGAAUUUCAUCGUAGAAUAAUACGUCUUCGUUCCGUCUCGAUAAAAGUAGAGACUAGAAUAUAUGCAUGACGGAUCACCAACCCAUGUUGCUUUAAAGCCAAGUCAUGUAAUAAUUUCACACGCUUAUAUUAUUGCGAUAGGAUUUGUUUACCUGACAGAAACCAAACACAAGCAGUCGAAGGCACGAUGGUGCAUGUUGUUAACAGUCGUAUUAUAUAUACAUUAUUGUAGCUAAUUAAUUUUAUUUGCAGAAGUAUAAAAGUUUGAAGCACCAUCAUGUAGUUGACGUCUCGUGGUCUCUUUGGAUCCUUCAUUAGUCGUUUUUAUAUACUUGACAGUGGUCUCUAACUUGCCUAAUUGCUGCGUAUCAAAAAUCUAGUAACUUUGCCUUUAAGUUUAUGUAUAUGAUGUAGUAUAUGCGACUUGAAGAAUAUACGCCAUAAAUGAUAAAAAAAAAAAAAAAAACUAAGCAUCAGGUAGUUAGUUGAUACCAAAUAACAAAAAAAUCAACUCGCAAGAGACAUUCACUUUUGUUCCUUUUGUUAACAAUAUUAUAACAACAACCGUUCUAUAUUUCGUUGUCUAAUGGGAUCGUAUCGGAAUAAUUUUUAACAACGAACGGAAAAAUAUGCGAAAGAAGUAUUAGUUUGUGGUAACUGGCGCCAUUUAACGUCAUCUAUUCUCAUAAUCAGCAGCCGCAUUGUAUAGUAUGGAAAUAUGGGUGUCUAAUGUAAUACCAGUAGUUAGUAAAUUGGCAGCAUUGCGUUAGGUGAAGGAUACGAUACACAGGCUGGUGUCAACCACGUUCUGUGCGCUUAGAAAAUGCAAUAGAGACAAAGACAGUAGGGGCAAGCAGGUGACCACCUGUCUACUUUUACGAUGUCUAGCCCUGUUUCUAGCGCACUUGCCAUUGAGCUGAAAAGUAGGCGAUUAAAUUCAGGAGCUCCUCGUUCCUUGUCCUCAAGGGCAAAGUACUCCUAUUCUUCACCGCUGUGUGUUGGAAAGUCAUGAAAUGCGCACGCCGGCGUCUCGCCGAUGAGCACAGGAGAGGGCAAAAAAUGAUUUUAGUGAAACCACGAACAGGGAUGCUCUAUUUCUAAUGUUACAUCAGUUACGUACGAUGUGGUAUUAUGAUGCAUGCAUUACACAAAACUACACAUUCUACACGCAGAUGUACGGUCUACGUACAGAUGUAGGAGCUUAAUGAUUUAACUCGUUUGCCUGCCGAGAAAUAGCGCGCAUCUAUCUGUAGCACGUAACCUGAUCUUAUUAUUAUUUUGAUAAUUAUUAGGGAUAAUUAUAUGUAAAAUAUUGGGUAAUACCUACUGGUGCAUAUUCGUAAGAAUCAGCUAACGAAAAUAACUAAUACACACAGACACACCGUCGUAGUCAUAAUAGUUACUGCGGCGCCUGAGCUAAAUGCCGGACGCAUUUGUUUAGAGAGGACAUUUAUUCAAUGAGUAAGUUCUAAGACGUCUGUGGGAUGAAGUCGCUACUCUUACGCAUAUAUUUGUCUUAGAAAAAGAAAUAUUUCUCUAAUGCUCGCCACGACCGUGGAGCGAUUACAAGCUUAAAGUUACACUCAAAGCGUAAUUGAUUUUUGACAUUUAUAUACAUUAAUUGUAUACAUAUAUAUGAUAAUUACUCAACUCUUUUAUGCCCACCUGCUGGCAUAAAAUGAAAAUCAAAUGAGCUGUUCAUAGAUAUAGGAAGGUCGAGGAACACAUCCGUUUUAUGUAGUAUUCCGAAUAAUUGAACGCUAAAAUGGCGUCAGCAGUAUUUGCCAUAAGUCAUGAAUGAUUUAAAUGUUUAGCUGGACACCGCGCAACACGUGCAUAUGAGAAUCCAUACGAAGCCAACUGCUCCGUGCAGAAGACAUGGAGUAAACUUGCCAGCGUUUCAUUGUCUAGGUAGGCUGAUGUGAUAAUGAGAGCACCCGAAAGCGGAUGCGAGGUUCUGAAAAUGAUUGUGUAUGACGUCGUACGUUUGUGUGCUGAGUUUCUGAGUAAAAAGCGGACUACUGAAAGCCACGUCCGUGCAUACAAUCCAUUACUGCAAAAAUGGUUUACAUCUACAGAAAACUAAUGAAGAAAGAUACGCACACGUUCUAGUGUUUAUGACAAACGCGACUAAACAAAAUACACAAAAGUAGGCGACAAAGUACCUAUCCGAUCCAUCUAGGAGCAAUGAUCGCGUGCUAAACGAUAUAAACCGAUGAUAAUGGAUAGCAGAUUUUAUUCCUCCCGCUUUGCUAUUGGCCGGUUUGGCCAACCAUACAGAGCAACUUAGCAAUGGCGACGAAGGAAGAAUGAAAUAAUAAUCAACCGAUAGGUUAAUAGGAAACAAACAAAAUAUAUCGUUACUAAGGCAUAAAGCAACGGAAUGAUCGCGCAUGUCGAAUAGGCCGUGAAGUUAAAUAGUCGGAAGACAGAUAGUCAGCACAGUUGAUACAAGAGAUAUCGAAGUGAAGGUUCGACGGGGACAGCCGGACUGUUCCAGCUCUAGACUAGACAUGAUAAUAACAAAAAUAAUCACGUAUUUAGGCUGGCCAUAGAAUGAUGACCCUCCAUAUAAAAAAUAAGGCCACGGACUGUAGGUAGAUUUUGCAUCACUCAAUAGCUUAUUGUGUCUGCUAGCGGAAACUACACCGUUUCCCGCUUCCUGAAAGAUUCACCGAAGAACCCUGUUAACUUCCUUUCUCUCGGGCUAUUAAACAAUGCAUUGUAUUAAUUAGGUUAAUUAACCAUGCAAUAACAUAAGACAUUCAAUAAUCUUCCAUUGGCAGCGAAUAGUUGAAGGCCACUGAACCAAAGGGCUUUAAAGAUCGGCUCAGCAGAAGAUAUUUAGAAAUAUUACUGUGCCGUCGCGUCUUAAAACGUACGUUUUGUAAUUAAAAUUUUUGGCUGUGUUUAGUGCUUGUAAGAUGGUAAUAUGUUGUGAACUCUGACAGGUAGUUUUCCAGUAGCGCUCUAGAUAAACGCCUACCGAUUAUAAAUAUAAAUUUACCGAGAAUUCAAACAAGAUUAUUACUGUGAUCAAAUGAAGGCACGGAUACGAUAAAUGUCUAUUUGAGAGCCCCAAUAAUGCGCGUAUUUCGUGGCUGGCGUUGAAGUGUCGGCUUUCCACACAUAAUGAUUAUUAUUGUUCUUUGUUCUCUGUCAGUUGUGUCAAGUCGCUAAGCCAUAGGUAGGCGGCAAUGGUUCAGUACGAUAUGUAUACCCACCAAGAUGCGCACACUUGAACGGACAAACUCCAACUAUAUACGGUGCAUACAGUUAAAAGCAUUAUAGUUGUAAGUGCCGUUGCAAGAUAAAAUUUCCUCAGUCCAUCCAUCCAUCCAUCUGUUCAAAUGUAAUAGAGUCUAAUUCAUAUAUACAGAGUAGCUAAAACCGUACUAAUUGGAGGUACCAAAUGAUAACAAUAGCGGCAGCAUUCAUAAGUUUUGUGACUAUAAAGACAAAACGUUACCGCUGACAGAUUGUUAAAGUAUCUGUAUAAUCAUGUUGUGCGCCAAUAUUCUCCCACACAUGGCUAAUUUGUGCUUCAAGACAUUCUUGGUUAACUUCCCCACUCCUACAUAGCAGAACGCCUGAUCAGGUAAAAAAUUAUUAUACGAUCUAACCUGGCGUUAGCUUCAUAUCUAGGGAUGAAGCCGUACAUUAGGCCCCUUUUCCAAAACCCUACGAAGACUCUGACCUCAUAGGACCUGAACUAUUUCGUUAUCGAUCACCGGAUGAGGUGAAUCAGCAAAAGGGUCAUUACCCAAAAUCCUAGAAGUAAUAAUGGUAACAAUGAAAAUACACUACACGCAUUAGCCUUAAGGCCUGAUAUUUUCAGUUCCAUCCCGCGAACUGUUUGAGAACUUAUGUAAUUAUUAUUAUUAUUAAGUAGAUAAACCAUGGCUUCGCUGAUACAUGAAUUUUAGCAGCAGCUUUGUCAAUAAAUACAUGAAAAACGUAAAAGAUUCAAGCUGAAAGCAAAUAUAUAUAUAUAUAUAUAUAUAUAUAUAUAUAUAUCGGCGACUUCCUUGAGCGGGAAUACCGGUUUACACGUAUUAAUUAUAACUUAUAUAUCAUCAGUUUUUAAGGAUUACGAGUUCAGCAGUCUAUUUCCGAAGCAACAAUUGGAACAGUCGAAUGUUUGCUGGUGGUUCUUAUCGUAAUGGGUUCAGUAAUUCUCUUAAAUAUUGCAAACCUGUACUGCUUUGCAGAGACAUUGUGCGUAUUGUACAAUAAUAAUACAACGCUCUCAUCGAAUGUCGUAAGAGAAAAUAGGUUAUUUUGAUUAUUAGCGUUUAGUUUUUUUAAACACGAUUUUCGAAGCAUGAGCAUCAACACCAACUAUAGUUAAUUUUAGUAAAGAUUGGUGAAAAUUAAGCCAUUAACAAACAUAUGACGAGAAUAAUAAUGAUAAAAAAAUAAACCAUUUCUGUAAAUAGCAAAGCU